AAAAGUGGUAAGUUCUUUUUGUAAUUUUUUUUAAAUCGGAGGAAGAAAGCAGAGAGAGAAAGUGGCAGGAAAGGGAGGAGUGUCAUUAGAGAGAGAGAGAGUGGGGGGUUUUAUUGGAGUUUUGCGGGAACAAAACUAGACCCACUUCUCAAAAGCUUUGGGCUAAUAAACACCCACAUUGUGGUUUGUGGGAGGUAGAGAGAGAGAGAGAGAGAGAGAGAGAGAGAGAGAGAGAGAGAGAUUGGGAGCUCUUUUUGAGUGUUGGGUUUGUGGCUAUGGUGGACGAUAUUGUUUUCAAUUCUUAAUAUCCGCCAUUGGGGUGCUCAGGAUUUAAGGCAAAGACUUUUGCUUUAGCUUCUUUGGUGUUUGUAUCCUUCUGUGUUUUUUUUUUUUUGGAAAAAAUGGGCGUUUCGAGUUUCACCAGAGGGUUGGUGGUAAGUUUUUGGCUAUGGGGUCUGAUCUCUCUCUCCUGUGCCGCGAGGUUAAGUGUAGAGAAGCAGAUUGAGGUGAAAAAGCACUUGAACCGCUUGAACAAACCGGCUGUUCAGAGCAUUGAGAGCCCGGAUGGUGAUAUUAUAGACUGUGUUCAUAUCUCAAAGCAGCCAGCUUUUGAUCAUCCUUACCUUAAAGACCACAAAAUUCAGAUGAAGCCUAGUUUCCACCCAGAAGGGCUGUUUGAUGAGAACAAAGUGUCUGAAAAAUCCGAAGAGAGAUCAAGUCCCAUCACUCAGCUGUGGCAUCAAAAUGGUAAAUGUCCUGAUGGAACUAUCCCUGUGAGGAGGACAAAAGAGGAUGAUGUGUUGAGAGCAAGCUCUGUCAAAAGAUAUGGCAGGAAGAAGCACAGAACCAUCCCUCAGCCCAGGUCUGCAGACCCUGAUCUCAUCAAUGAAAGUGGUCAUCAGCAUGCAAUAGCUUAUGUGGAAGGAGACAAGUAUUAUGGAGCAAAGGCAACGAUAAAUGUAUGGGAGCCUAAAAUACAGCAGGCUAAUGAAUUCAGCUUGUCUCAGCUAUGGAUUCUGGGAGGUUCCUUUGGCCAGGAUCUUAACAGUAUUGAAGCUGGUUGGCAGGUCAGCCCAGAUCUGUAUGGUGAUAACAACACAAGGCUUUUCACUUACUGGACUAGUGAUGCAUAUCAAGCCACAGGUUGUUACAAUCUUCUUUGCUCAGGCUUCAUUCAAAUCAAUAGCGAAAUCGCAAUGGGUGCAAGUAUCUCCCCUGUAUCUGCCUAUCGAAAUUCGCAAUACGACAUCAGUAUUCUUGUAUGGAAGGUAAAAAAACAAGGAGUCCCCACCUCAAUAAUAUUGCACACUUAUUUUAACAAUCUCAAGGCACCCAAAGGAAUUGGCACUUUCACUGAGCAAUCAAAUUGCUACGAUGUUCAAACGGGCAGUAAUGGGGAUUGGGGCCAUUACUUUUACUAUGGGGGCCCCGGUAGAAACCCUAAUUGCCGAUAAAAGAACCCAAAAAAAAAAAAAAAAACUCUAAUAUAGUCUCUCCUAUGUAUCAUUCAACCUAGUGUAAUGCCUUUUUCUUCUUCUUUUUAUCUUCUGUAUACCUCCCCUUUUCUCUGUAGGCAAUUCUCUUUAGGUAAAAAUGUGACAUCUCUCUGUAGUGGGAAGUUUUGACCCUUGUUUUUUCUUUUUGUUUUCUCAACUUCUGAGAGGAGUUUCUCCAUGUAAGAUAGAUGGGGAAUGUGGCUGAAGUUUCUCCAAAGCUAGAAGAAACAGGCCUUUGUUACUAUCUCUCUCUCUCUCUCUCUCUCUCACUUUGUAUUCUAUUUGUUUGUUUGCUCCUUUCUUGGAGUGGUUUGUUAAUGAAAUGUCUCAUCUUUUAUCUCAA